AUGGAGAGAGCUCACAGUUGGUUGUCUCUCCCCAUUUGCCUCAUGUACCUCCUUGCCAUCCUGGGGAGCUGCACCAUCCUCUUUUUCAUAAAGACAGAGAGCUCUCUGCUUGAGCCUAUGUGUUAUUUCCUCUCCAUGCUGUCAGUUUCUAACCUGGGACUGUCCAUCUCCUCCCUUCCAACCAUGCUGAGAGUCUUCUUAUUCAAUGCUACAGGGAUUUCCUCAGAUGCUUGCUUUGCACAAGAAUUUUUCAUUCAUGGAUUCUCAGCUAUGGAGUCAUCAGUACUUCUCAUCAUGUCCAUUGAUCGCUUUAUAGCUGUCUAUAACCCUUUGAAAUACACCUCUAUCCUUACCAGCACCAGAGUCACUAAAAUUGGCCUUGUAUUUGCUGUAAAAAGUAUUUUUUUGGUCUUCCCUUUUCCCUUUAUUAUAAAGAGACUGAAAUUUUGUAAGAAAAGCUUUUUAUCGCACUCCUACUGCCUCCACCAGGAUGUCCUGAAGCUGGCCUGUUCUGACAACAGGGUCAAUAUUAUCUAUGGAUUUUUUGUGGCUCUUACAGCUUUGCUAGAAUUAGUGUGCAUUUCUGUAUCUUAUAUGCUGAUACUGAAAAUUGUUCUGGGCAUUGCCUCACACAAAGGUCGCCUCAAGGUCCUCAACAUUUGCACCUCCCACUUCUGUGCUGUACUCAUCUUCUAUGUACCUAUUGUCUCCUUGGCUGUCCUCCAUCAGUUUGCCAAAAAUGUUUCUCCAUAUUAUUAUAAUCACUAUUGCUAA